CAAAACAAAAACCUAGAAGCUUCCACCGCCAUCCAGACCUUGAACCACCCUAUUAAUCGCCUUACUUGUUAGGAGUCUUUACCCCAGACAGAGAUGGCGAAGCGUCUGAUUCCGACACUCAACCGUGUCCUAGUCGAGAAAGUCCUGCCCCCGUCCAAAACCUCCGCCGGCAUUCUUCUCCCUGAGAAAGCCUCCAAGUUGAACUCCGGGAAAGUUGUUGCGGUGGGACCGGGAGCACGGGAUAGGGUGGGGAAUCUGAUACCAGUGUCUGUGAAGGAGGGUGACACUGUUCUUUUGCCAGAGUAUGGGGGUACCCAAGUUAAUCUUGGUGACAAAGAGUUCCAUUUAUACAGGGAUGAGGACAUCUUGGGCACUCUUCAUGACUGAUUCAUUUCUUGGAUGCAAUGGGAUUCUUCUUUAAAGGAAGAAAUUAUGCUUGGGAGUUGGAGAAGUUUGGUUUCAAUGGAUGUAAACUGAUUAGUUAUUGGAGUUAUUCCAUUGAUCUAAGUUUGAUUUGGCGCAUGCUAAUGCAACUACUUUAUUCAGUGACAAUUUCUUUGUUUUCAUUUUUAUUUGCGCUUGCUAAUGGUUCAGCAGCAGGACGCAAGUAAAACUUCUUCGGCUGUGAUCGAUUGAGACAGAAUCAUCACGAAAUUUUAGCCAUUUAUUUUUCUUUGUUU